AUGGACGAUAAAAUAUGUUGCUGUGUUAAACGAAAUGCCAGACUGAUUUGCUCGGUCUUUGGAUGCAACAGCCGCUCACAUAAAGAUAUAAGUUUAAGCUUUCACUAUUUUCCACCAGCUGGAAAACGUUUUGUUAGUGUUGCAAAUCACUUUGGAAAAUUGGAAAAAAUUAUUGAUUUGAUAGUGGCUUGGAUGAAAGCAUUAAAAAUAAAAAAUAUUACACAGAAUAUGAAAGUCUGUUUACACCAUUUCAAAGUAGAUGACUAUAUAUUACCACUAGAAUGGAUAAUAACAUGGAUAAUAGAAUGGGUAGUAGAAUGGAUAAUAGAAUGGAUAAUAGAUAGGAUAAUAGAAUGGAUAAUAGAAUGGAUAAUAGAAUUGAUAAUAGAAUUGAUAAUAGAAUGGAUAAUAGAAUGGAUAAUAGAAUGCAUAAUAGAAUGGAUAAUAGAAUGGAUAAUAGAAUGGAUAAUAGAAUGGAUAAUAGAAUGGAUAAUAGAAUGGAUAAUAGAAUGGAUAAUAGAAUGGAUAAUAGAAUGGAUAAUAGAAUGGAUAAUAGAAUGGAUAAUAGAAUGGAUAUUAGAAUGGAUAAUAGAAUGGAUAAUAGAAUGGAUAAUAGAAUGGAUAAUAGAAUGGAUAAUAGAAUGGAUAAUUAAUAUAAUGGAUAAUAGAAUGGAUAAUAGAAUGGAUAAUAGAAUGGAUAAUAGAAUGGAUAAUAGAAUGGAUAAUAGAAUGGAUAAUAGAAUGGAUAAUAGAAUGGAUAAUAGAAUGGAUAAUAGAAUGGAUAAUAGAAUGGCUACUAGAUUGGAUAGGUAA